AUGUCGUUCAAGUUCUCACUAGGGGCUGCGAAAACCGGCAAGGCGCCAUUGAACGCCAAAGCAAAAGAAGAGGCCGAAGCGAAGGCGCGCGAAGAGAAGAAUGCCCUGGAUAAGGUCAUGGCCGAUCUCGAGGAGGAACACGGAGCUAAAAAGAGUGUAUUGGGAGAGCCGGAGCGUCAGCAAGAGACUGAAGAAGUUUUCGUCCCGACAGGGAGCAAGAGGCAUUUCACAGGCAGGGCGCGCACUAUGAAGAGCGGACCGGGUACACUCGAAGCUGAGCCUUUCGAUGGCUACUCAAGACCAGGCCCAGGUAUGGGAAGACUCGCGCCGCAGGUUCCCUCGAAAUUUGCAAGGGCAAUGCCUACAGGUCCCGCUGCGCAAGAUGGCUCCAAGCAGGCGGAGAAUGUAUACACGACGGUCGUAGCAAAAGCCUCAAACCUACCACCCGCAAUCGACCCCCGUCGCGUGGAAGAACUAUUCGCUGCAUUCCCCUCACUCAAGGUCACAAGGGUUGAGAGGGUUCCACCACAGGGCCCCGCCGCGAGCGGUCGGCCGUCCGCAACGAUGAAGGUCGUAUUCGACAAGGAUGUGACUGCGCGCGACCUCGACGACGCCAUGAACAAGCUCAACGAUAAGAUGUAUUUGGGCAGGGGCUAUUAUCUACAUUUGGACAGAUAUCUUGGUGGUCGUUCAGUGGAUACCGCACAACGUGCAGAGCCCUUUGGCGCACGAUGGCAGGCACCCGAUGUACCCAAAGGCUAUGCGCCCCCUCCAGAUCUAGGCGGUGGUGGAAACGCUAGAAAUAGGCCACGCGAAGACAGGGAGCAGCUCAUAGUCACCGCCAACCAACCCCCGGAUAUCGCUACACUGAAGCUGGUACACCAGACCAUCGAAGGUGUUAUACUUGGUGGGGUUGAGUUUGAGGCUGCUUUGAUGAACGACCCGCAAGUUCAAGAGGAGGAACGAUUUGCUUGGCUCUACGAUCAGAAGCACCCCGUGAACCGAUACUACCGUUGGCGUCUACAUCAGAUUGUUUGCGAUAGCCCCGAUGCCGAGAUCUUCAAGAAUCAUGGCAUCUGGCGAGGUCCAGCAGAUCCACUUCCCCAUGAGUUUGUUGACGAUUUACAAACAUUUGAACCAGAGGACACUCCUAUAGACAGUGAUGACGAAGACGAAAAGGAGAAGCCUCUAUACAAGCCUCUCCCAGUUGGUGACAACUAUCCUGGUCGCGUCGACAAUGGACACGGCAUCAUGGAUCCUAAAUCACGCGCCAUGUUACUAUGGUUGAUCACUCACAUGCCGCCUGGCAGCAUUGUGGUCGACGAAAUCGCAGCUGUUGCUACCUUUGCAAUGGAUCACACCAAUCAAGGCAUGGAUGAGGUCAUUCACAUUCUCGUGUCAAAUAUCAUACAGCCUUUCCAGUUGACGGAGACAAACAUGAAGUUCAAGGGGGAUUUGGACGGAAAGGAUGACAUUCGCCGUCCGGAUCUUCGACAGGUGACUGUGAACGCUCUUCGACUCCUUUCAGAUGUGCUUCUAGUCGCUCCAUCAGGGCCUUCCGGUUCCUACAAAUACAGACAAGCUAUCGGCACAGAGCUCGUGGCCCGCAAAGUCUUUGAGCAUCUCGAGCAACUCCCCACGCAGCUGGAGAUGGGCCGUAUGACUGAGAGGAGCUAUAGAGACGAGGUCAACUCGAUCCUUAGGGUAUGGCAAGAUGAGCGUCUAUUCGACGAGGGUCCUCUCCGCCAUAUCGACGAGGCAUUUAAUGCGCGCGAGAGGCAAAAGGAGGAGGAAGAACAGGCAAAGCGGUUGGCAGAGAAGAGGAAGCGCAAGGGCAAAGUCGUGCGUAGGGCAGUCAGCGCCAGCGCAGAUGAGCAGAGCGAGGACAGGAUGGACGUGGACGACGCGCAGACUCCUGAAGCAGCAACCCCAGAUGCACCAGUCAUGGAGGAACCUGCAGAACAGGCUGUGCCGGAAGAAGUCCCCAAGCCGGCGCCCCAGCCUCUUAUUCCAGGCGAGACGGCAGUGGAGAGGGCUCGCCGGUUACGCCCGAAGGCGGAGGACAUGUUUGCGCUUGACGACGUGUAG